AUGGAUCUGGCACAGACUCUGGUGCGGUCGGUAGCUCGUGCCUUCUACGAUCCAAGAGCCGUGGACACAAGACAUAUCGUGAUUGUCGAUGCCUUGAUUAUUCACUCGGCCCUACGCGACGAUGAUUUGGCCUAUCUGAUGUCCCAGAACACCAAGGAUCUCCACAAGAUUUGCGGUCGACUGAAGGAGGAUCGCUUCAUUCAGGUUCAUGUCAGGCCUGAACUUCGAGAAGGCCAGCAACGUCCAACGAACCGGACCUACUACUACAUCGAUUAUCGGCAAGCCAUUGAUGCCAUAAAAUGGAAGGUCUACGCGCUCGACAAGGCCGUACAGGGCAACGCAAUCCCGGCGCAAGAGAAGAAGGAAUACUUUUGUUCCUUCUGCAAUGCAGAAUGGACCACGAUGGAGGUAUUGGACAGCUGGUCAAUUCAGGGCUUCAAGUGCCAUCGUUGCAGUCGUCUCCUCGUUCACGAUCCGGAGCGACAGUCUGGAGGUCAUGUGCAGUCGACGCGAUUGAACAACCAGCUGAAAUUUAUCACCGAUCUUCUGCCACAGCUCGACAGUGUCUUCAUUCCCGACAACACAUUCGAGGCGGCCUUGGCAGCAGCUCGCCCAGUGGAGCGCGAUGCCACCAACCGCGUUGCCGCGUCCACCGUGGUAGAAACCGAGGCUAAGCCAACGGCCGUGCGGGGAUUGGCAGAUAUGGGACCCAAAAGCAUCGCCAUUAACAUCACCGCAGCUGACGGCCCCAGCGAAGCGGAGAAGGAGGCUGAAAGGAUCAGGAAAGAGAAGAUUGCUCAGCAGAACGCCUUGCCAGAGUGGCACACUACAAGCACAGUGUCUGGGAUCACGUUCGCCGAGGUCGCCAGCGCGUCUUCUUUCAAGAAGGAGGAUGAUGACACCAAAGCCGACAACGAGGACUUGACUGCCGAAGAUGCUGAAGACCUCAACGAGUGGAUGCUUACCCUUAAGAGGCAGGCCGAGGCCGAAGCCGCGCGCAAGGCGCUAGAGGACGAUGAGGAUGAGGAAGACGAUGAGGAAGAAGAGGAGUUUGAGGACAUCACAGCGACAAACGAGAGCUCGACAGGGGCCGAGAAACGAGGGCCCUCGAGUGGUGACACCAGUGCCGCAGACACGCCAGCUUCGGACGAGAAGGCAGCAAAGAAGGUCAAGGUCGAGGAGCCUACCAAUAAGAACGAUAGCGAAGAUGAAGAUAUGGCCUUCGAAGACGUAUAA